AUGCAUGUGGAGUUCCGCAUUUCCUGCAUUGACGGCAUGUGUGCCUUUGACGCUGAGAGCUUCAUCCGCAUGCUACAGUUGAAGGAUCGCUCUCAGCAAGAAAUAGAAUUGAAACGGACGCUUGUCAAACUACCAGAGGGGGGCAAGUGUACGGGAAAGGAUUUUCAUCCUCAUUUGAAAAUCCAAUUGGUCUUUGAAAACUUGGUCUGUAUUGAAAGUUCUGUUUUUUGUGGAAACGUCGAACGUCAACAGCAUGAAAAACAAGUAAAAACAAACUGGGAUGCGAGCGAGAUUCGUACGAAGCGGUAUUAUAGCUGUAUUGGAGAGGCUAUUGUUGCCUCGCUUCCUUUUUUUGUUGCAGAACGGUACGUAAAAAUACGUCUCAUACAGCUUGCACCGGAGUUUAGUAGAGAAGAAUUGGCGUUAAUAAAAGCCUCAUAUCCCUCUUUCUUUCGUUUGCAGGAGAACAGUCUUUGUCUUGGUGUGGCCAAGCUCGGCAUGCGAGAACUUCUCAUUACGAGCGGUGGCGUCAGUGUGGCUCUUCAGCCAAAGCAGAGCAUGAUUUCAGCGGUGGAGGCUCUCAAUCUUAAUACGGUUGCCACAAAAGGCAUGUUUGGAGAAGAUGUCGGAGGAAGCGCUGUGUUGACGUUGCAAACUUCCAGUGUUGUUUUUGGUCAAAAAUCUCUACUAACAUUACUUUUUCAUGCCCGUAAAAACAUUGGUGCCGUGUCCGAAGUUGCACCCUACGCUGCCACUCGCAGUGUAGAUGCUGGAAUUGACUCACACAAUAUUGCUGAGGCAGAUUGGAAUGCGGACAAACUUACUGAACUGCGUCAACAAAUGAGUUCUUCGGCGGUUCACUUUGUGCUUGUGCCGUACAUGGUGUUGAUUCAUAUCGUGCUAUGCUUGAGCGACGCUGUCUCGUGGCGGCACACCGCACAGACGCUUCUGCUUCUUUGCAUUGUAUUGUUUGUGCUGAUUACGGAUGUGGUGGAGAUUGGUCUAUUAAUUGGCUUUGUUUUGGAAACAAUUUCGGUAAUACGAAUGACUGUGCUGUUUUAUCGAGUGCUUCCUCGCGUAGCUCCAACAGUGGAUGCGGUAUUUCCUUUGGUGGAUCGAGGAGAUGAGUUUCAGGCGGUGCUGUACGGAUGCCAGAAUCAUAUUAUCAACAGUAUGGUGCGUGCACGGCUUUUCUUUUCACAAGGCCUUCAAGCAGAUUGCUACUUUGAGUUCACUUUUCUUUUUAGUCGCAUACGUCGGGCCAAACGAUGGUUACUGCUGUGUUUGGUGACAACGCUUGCUGCCUCGCUUGUUUUCUCUGCGGAGACAUUAUCGCUGCUUUUCGUUGUGUCAGCUUUUCUGAUUUAUCCUUUGACGCUACGGGUUCCUUUAUCCUACCUGCGUAAGCUGUGGGGACGACAGCUGCCUUUGGGGGUUAUAUGGAAGGCGCUGACAUUGUGUCGUCCAAUGCGAGUGUCACGGCUGGUGCUGGUUAUCAGGGGGGGGAAAGGAGAGACAUUGGUGCAUCCUUCAUUAUCCACCACGCCAUUUAUUUCUCCAAGUCCGACGCGUAGCCUCAUUAAUUUCCCUGCAGCUACCCAACUUCUUCCCAUAGUAAAUGAUGCGGAUAGUCAUUCAGGCACGUUGUGUUUAGGUGCCACACCUGACAGACCAAGCGGGCAAUCUAGAAAUGCAGGAGAGCGGGGUCUCUUCUCACAUGCGGAUUCUCAAAUUUUUAGGCCCGUAAACAAUUCUGCUGCAGGGGAUAAAAAGACUCAAAGUGGCGCGGUUGCUGGUAAUUAUUUUCAGCCACACUCUACUUCACCAAAAAUGUUUCCGUGGUCCUGCGGCGAGACACUUAAAUACGAGACACCACAAAAUUCACUACUGAAUCUUGCCCUUGUUGUUAUCAACGCUGAAGGAUGGCCUGCAAACAGUAAUAAGAUGAGUACUUCUAGUAGUAACGGUGGAAAUAGUUUGAUUAUUUCAAAAUUGCGGCGAAUACUGCAGCGGGCGAGGGGGCUUGAACGUCCUCCACCAUCUAAUUUACAGCGGGAACAAUAUCAAACAUAUUUUAACUGUGUAAUAUCAUUCCUGCAGUUUCUACGACGACAGUGCACGCUUAGGGUAUAUGUGACUUCAGCGUCUUCUUUGGUAACCUCCCCUGCUUCAGACACUGGGAACAUGGUAAGGCUAGAUCAAUUGGCACAUCUUUCCUACCUGAUGGAUAAGGGAGAGGAUGACGGUAUUACGUCCACACUCCUGGCCCAUUCUUCUCAACAGGUGAGUUUGGGGAAGCUGUCAACAGUUGAUCGUGUUGAUACCAGCACUCGAGGCUUUGCUUUACUAGCGGCAUAUAUGCUUCAGGGCUCCCGUUUUUCAAUAUACAACAGACCGGGUAACAAGGGCUGUGGGAUCAUUAUUCCUCUCAAAAUGGGAUCUAAUGACAUUGAAGUGGCUCCAGAGCCACAUCCCUGCCCCCCAUCUCUUCAGAAAGCGUUGAUAGGUAUCUGGAAAGGUUGGACAGAUGGAGAACCGCCCAUUUUUAUCAAUACCGAUGUUGUUAUGAAUAUUAUCAAAACCCAUAAAGAUUUCUGGGGGAGUGGAUGUAGUGAUACAUUGACUGCAAAUGAGGAAUAUAAAAGCAUGAUGAUGGCGUCACAAGAGUGUGGUGAGACGGCGCGAGACACGUCAAAGCGAAUUUUUUCAACUUUCAGCGCGCCUUCAUUUGGGUACAAACGACGUCGCGUCACUAACGCCUCUAUUCUAAACCCUGAGUUCUUGUCGCACUCCGUGAUGGGCGGACAAAAAAAUAUGGAGAUGGGUCUAACUUUGCCUGAUGAUGACAAGUUGCCAGGGUCCAUGGGAUUUGUUUCAGGAAUACCUCAGACGUAUCACCGAGCUACGCGCUCGUGGGCGUACAGCACGCCUACUUUGUAUUCAAGUCAACGUCCAGGGUCAAUGCCGCGUCUGGGUUCGGAGAAUACUAACACCUGGGAGCUGUUGGGAGCAGCAGUACCUGGCAGUACAAGUAUGGGGCAUGAGAGCACGCCACAUGUGGGUGCCGCCCCAAGUACGCCCAUUGCAAAAUAA